AUGCUCCGAUUUUCCUCCAAAUUGUCUAGCAAGGAAUCCCAACACGAAACUACUAAACGGCCGUUGUCUGACCUUACUCCACAACCUGAAAAAGGGAAUAGAGGAAAAAAGAAACUGAAGAUUGACUGUGAGGCUCUCCGGUUCAAAUGGCUUGACGCGUACCACAAAAUCGAACUCCAGAACGCAGCAGAUGCUAGUGACGACGAGUGUCGGAAGGAUGGAUCUGUUUACUCUGGCCAUCGAGUGAAGAGCCCCUGUGCGCCCACCAGCACACGCAGUUCACGGCCGAUCUCGGAGCUUCGGUGUGCAUGUGUCGAUGCGCGUGAUCACUUCCCUGCCGGUUCCUUCAUCUCCUUUGGUCCGUGGCUGUCGAACACGUCGGUGAGACGGUAUCGGAGCCUGCAGCACGAUCUAGGCAAACGGCGACCUUGA